GAAGGCAUCCUGUCAGCUAAAAAGUUCUCCGUCGGGAUUGAGCUUUAUAGCCGCCGUUUACAACGGUCGAAAGUCGGCUUUUACCUAGACCAGAUGUCCUUUGUGGCAUAGACCUAGCUAGUCAAUAGGCAUAUCUUUUUAAGAUAGCUUGCGUUAAAAAAUACGAAACCCUCAGUGGGUUCUAACAAGAUGCAUAGUCAUGCAUCGGGGGAAUGAUGGCCAGAGUGGGAAACUGAUAUCAAAAAGCUUCCAUUGAGGUCUUGAGAAAAUCGAGUAGCACGUGUGCUCAACCACCAAAAUCAAUUUCCAGCUUCACAAUUCGCGCUCGCCCUCUGUGACUACCACAACAAAUGUCUUCAUGGAAUAACUCACAAGGACAGACGCCUGGACUUCAAAAUUCGGCUUUAUCACAGUUCCUGGCGUCACUGUCGACAAGCAGUACAGCGUCCACGGAGCCUGGUAGUCAACUGUACACGUCAGGGCUACUAAGUUCUACCACAGGCUUACAGUCCGGAGCGGUUGCGAAUCAUGGCUUGAUGCCGUUAGGGAGUGAUCUCUACCAGCAAGUGCGAACAGAAUAUCAAGCCACGUCCGCACCUAGCCUUUCCACAACGGCAUAUACUACUACCAAUGCACUGCAAUCUAGCUUGCCACAAUAUGGUCAGCCGCCGCAAUCGCAACCACAACAGCAGUCUGUUGCUGCCAUCCUGUCGGCACUAUCUGGACUGUUAAAGGCACAGCAGUCUGCUAAUGCUUCCGCAAGUUCUCUCUCGUAUCAACAACCAGCGAGCAGCGAUUUUGGUAUCGCAAAUGGACAUAUAGGGUAUCCAUCGACAUUAACGCAGACGCCAUCCCUGGUCGAUGUUUUGGGGGUUCGGGUUGAUACGUCUCAACAUUUGAGACCUUACGGCGCUUCCAGUCAACCAUUGACUCAAGCAUCUGAGCAACAACAAGCUUCAAUACAGUCAUCGCAAACAUAUACGGGAUUGGGAGAGCCAGUACCGGCCAACGGCAAUAAGAUGUAUACCGCCCCGGCCGUCUCAUACUACGUGCCUGAGCAAAGUCCAAAAGUUGCUAAUAUCAACGACCAGGAAAAGAAUUCUAUACCACUGGCGUCGGAUGACCUUCUCCAUCGAAACUACGAUUCAUAUUUUUCAAACGAUGUAGAACCGGCCCCCCAAUCUCAAGAUCAGGAGCAAAAGGCAUCCGUUGCAAUUGUGGAAACAGUUGCACCAAGUAAAGGCAAAAUGACCCCUGGGGUACUCAUCCAUUUAGCACGGUUAAGCGAGGAAGGUUCGAUAUUCAAUCUUUUGAAGGAACUACAAGAUGCCCAGAAUGCCAAGGAGGAUGAGCUAUUAGAAAAGCGUAACGCUAUCGUAAAGCAAUAUGAGAGUGAAAAGCUGGCGAGAGAAAUCAUGGCAGGGUCUACUCCAGAGAAGGAGCGCGAAGCUAAAAGACAGUUGGAAUUAGAGAUCAAAAGAUAUGACAUGUCAAUUCUGGAAGAAAUGGAGGUCACUCGUCGACAACAGCAGAGAGCAUUGGAGACGGCAGGAGUUCCUCUAUUUAAAAUUACCGAUGACUUGGAGGACAUCAUUGCGCAACAAAAGCUUCUUUCCCUAUUGGAAAGUAUGGCACCAACAACAACGGGAGACUAGCUAGUGGGUUUAUUGUAUCUUUCUUGUUUUAUAUGUAUAUACAUGGCGUGCAGACCGGAGCAAAUGCAGUGACACUACCAAGCGCA